AUGUCUCAAAUGUCCUUGUUCGGAGGUCUCUUCGGUAUGCGCUCUGCCGACCUUACGUUCGCGGACGCCUUCCAUCUCGCCAUGAGGGAUCUACCGAAUGCCUCUAGCUUUUGCCAGACGUUCCAAAUUUACCUAAUUACGACUAUGAAGAGUAUCCUUCGGCAUACCGGCGAAGAGGUCAAUAAAUGGCUAACAUACCACGAUGAGGCGGGACUUAUAGAUUGGGAGGCCUAUUCCUACGUCAAACCCUUUGUAGCAGGAGGAAUUCUAUGCUUCUCGCCCAAGAGCCCCAACGUGAGCCAGGCAAUCCAAACCCCAACGCCUCCCCCCUCGCCACCGUCCCAGUUUCUCUCUGGUUUGCCCUCAGUCGGAUCAACUGGUCUCUCAUUUGGUCCGUCGUCUCCCCCUUAUUCGGCCCCCGUCAGCCAGAGCUUCGGCUUUAUGGGGAAGUACUCGGCUACACAGGAUUAUGGGAUAAGCCAGAACUUUGGCUCAAUGGGGAAGUACCCUGUUACAAAGGAUAGCAACACCAGCCACUUCGGCCAUUCUCUUGGGGUCGCAUCCAAUAGCAUUUCGUCGCACCCUAUUCCAUCCGCCUUGCUCUCUCUCGGGGAGAAGCUUCGCGAGACACGAGCCAGGAAAGACCGCACGAAGGCGUUACAAUGGGUCGCUGCGAAGAGGCAUCAUGUGAAUGAACACAUCGGCAAUUUCGAGAAGAAUUUCAAUCGUGGCCAAGACUGUACUUGGCCGAUGUGUAUGCUUGCCACUGCAAUCACAGCGGCGGUCGCCAAGUUGGACAGCCACUUGACGGACCUCAAUGCUGCAGAGCUGGAGUGGCUGAAUUGGCCUUGGGAACAUCUCCAGACCAUCUUCCGGACCAUUGCCACGAGCAUGGACGACCCGCGCGCCCAAAACCUGGCGCAAGCUCUGGAGCGCCUUGCCCAACACUGCAUUAGGGCUCGUCAGACCCCUGGGCUAUGCUACAUCAAGCAAGAGAACCAUGUUUUCGGCACCUGGAAUCCGAUUUUAGGCUCGCAGGAAUUUCAGAUGCGAUCUGGCUUUUCUGUGCAGCAGCCAACCGCGCAGCCAUCUAUCGAAGAAAACAUUCCAUCAACUCCGGUACCUCCUCGUCCAGUUUCUGCGCCUCUGAGCGUUGGACAUAGCCUUGGAACAAGUUCAAUUCCAAACUCGUUCGUGGACUCCGACUGUAUGGAUAUCGAUCAACAACCAGAACCGCAGCCUUUCCUCCCAAAUAUCCCGCAGAACACAUCACAUCAGAUUCAUAAAGACAAUUUGUUUUGGCUGAAGGGCAAACGCCAAGCUGUGCGCACUGAUCGCAGGAAGCUAUCCAAGAAAUUGGAUACCAACGAAGACUAUGAUGAUCGCCUCUAUACUCUCAAGGAACUCUUCCGCGAAGCGAAUGACCGUCUAGGCAAGGAUGUCACGCCGCUGAAUAACAGCGAGGUCGAGUGGAUUGAGUGGUCUCCGGAAAAGCUUAAUGUUUUGCUUCAAAAGAUGGCAGGAACUGCCAAAGUCUAUCAGUCGGAGCUUUUUCUAGAAGUUGGUCGUGAGCUGGAGACACUUGUGGGACGUCUCCAGACAGCAUUGAACACUACAGGCACAUGUGCCAUGGUAGAGAACUCGCCACAGCAGCAGCCACCGCCCACCCAAGCCACUUCCACCCAAGAAGAACAGCAACCUUCGACACUCCAUCAACUCUCCCUCCCAUUUGGUCAACAGCUCCAGUCCAAAGCUGGUGAUACACCAGCUGUCGAUCGGUCAACGGAAUCGCAGGUGCAGGCACAGGCGCAGAGCGGUUCGCAACCAUCUGACGCGGAAGUUCCACAUUAUACCACGGCCGAGGCCAAGUUGCACGGGGAGAAUCUAGACUACUACGGACGCAAGGGCAGACGCGCAGAAUUGUAUUGCGAAGACAUUCUGAAUAAUAUUGCCGACAGCGUGGACUGCCAGAGCCCGGGCCGCAGCCUGCUAGCGAUUCUCCGCGAGACCAACAAGGCGAUACAGACGGACAAUAUUCCGUUGAACAAAGCUGAAGUCGAGUGGAGUCAUUGGAGUUGGAGUCCAACGGCUCUGUUUGAACUGUACAACGUGGUGGAUAAUUUCCCAGAGCCACGGGAGGAUUUGGUCAAAGAAUUGGUCAAGGAGCUAGAAACAUUUGGCCCUUUGAUAAACGCCGCCAUGCUGAGAGAAGGCGUUUGUACAGAGGCCAAGCUCAAAGCCACACCAAAGAGUUCGGUGUCGCAUCCGCCCAAGCAGGCUGCACCCUCUGCGACCGCUUCUAGCUCUGCCGCUUCUCCUGUAACGCCUCCCCCUAGCCUCUCUGCGGAGGAAAUACUCGCGGAGGCGCAGGAGCUGUCUAAAUAUGCCCUCCCCGACGACGACGAUGACGACUUCUGGAAGGAUUAA